ACCAGACAACCAUCGCCUCUCUCUCUCUCUCUCUCUCUCUCCUGUCAAAACUGUCUCUCUCGCUAAAAUCUGCUCUGCCCUCGACGAGAUCUUCCCUGCUUCUGGCGCUACUUUCGCACCGAUCCCUCCUCCAUUUUCAUUCCCAACCUCCACCGUUUUAAAACUCCGGCUCUGCUCUUGGACAUCACAGUCUCUGUCUGAUCAGCUCGCGCCUGGGUUCCUUCCUCCUGAAGAUCUUAUCCUCAUCCCGCUUAGAAAUCAAGCUAUUAAUCCCCUAAGAUUUCCCCGUGAUAGCGAGAUAAAAAUUCUCUGGGAAUUUUUGCAUCGCAGUGAAGCGACCGGGGUAUAUAGUAUAUACAAUAAUUCCCUUAGCAUCUCGCCACUGUUAUAUUUGCCCCCCGUGUCCGCAACAGGUUCCGAAGAAGAAACAGAGGGAGAGAGAGAGAGAGAGGAGAGGUGUUCGUUUGUCUCCACAUGGAUUCGAGUAACCAUCAAAGCUACAACCAGAGUCAACCCUCGAGUUACGGGUUGCUUCGUUUCCGCACGACUCCGAGCUCGCUCCUCGAGGAUUUCGCUGAGGGUGGAGCGAUUAAGGUCGGUUUGUCUGAAGGGUAUGAGGCUGACAAGUUCAGCUCCAGGUUCUUGGGUUACGGCGGCAACUGCCGCGGGUCGGGUUCGCCAUCUCUCCAAGUUUUCGACGAAAAGUCUCCGCCUUCCACGGCGGCGGAGGCGGCGGUCGGGAGCUUUGCAAACUCGCCCCGCGGUGGGUAUGCUCUGCCGCCUCAAUAUCCGAGGCAGAGCUCCGGUAUGAGCUCUUCCGCCAUGGAUAGCUCGUAUGGCGUGCUGAGCUCAAUGGCGACGGAUCGCCACACCCAGGUGAAGCCUGGCGAUUCAAGUAUCGCGAGGCAGGGUAGCUCUCCUUCUGGACUCUUCUCUGAUCUCUCUGCUCAAAAUGGCUUUCCUGCGAUGAGAGGUACUACAAACUAUAGAGUGGGGAAUGGAGUCAACGGAGAAGCAAGUCCUUCGAGAAGCAAGUUGAAUGGUCAGAUGAGCGUCUCAUCUGGGUUAUCUUGUUCCUUGGGGGUUUUGUCACAGAUUUCAGAACUUGGAAGUGAAAGCUUUGGAGCACAGAGUCCUGAUGCUGCAAAAAUAGGGAUUGGCAGUGGCACUAGCCGGUUUCACGGCUCUGGAUAUCUAUUCAAUUCUUGGAGUGAUUCCUCAAAUUUCUCACAGAAUUUUAUGGGCCUGAAGAGAGAUGAAGAAAAUGGUCUGAAAAAAUUUUCUGGUGAUCAGAAUGGGAAUCCAGGUAAUCAGGUUCACCUGCUGUCCCAUCAUCUAAGCUUGCCGAAGACUUCAUCAGAGAUGGCUGCUGUAGAGAAGUUCCUGCAAUUCCAAGAUUCUGUCCCAUGUAAAAUCAGAGCGAAGCGGGGUUGUGCCACUCAUCCUCGAAGUAUUGCUGAAAGGGUGCGAAGGACAAGGAUAAGCGAAAGAAUGAGAAAAUUGCAAGAGCUGGUGCCGAAUAUGGACAAGCAAACGAACACGGCCGACAUGCUAGAUCUGGCUGUUGAUUACAUUAAGGACCUGCAGAAACAGUUCAAGAUACUCAGCGACAACCGAGCAAAUUGCAAAUGCCUAAGUAUGCAGAAGCCAUCCAACCAAAUUAUCUGACGUUCUUCUGUAGGUGUAAAGAUAGAGAGAAAGUUAGGAAAGUAGAUUUCGUUCCAUACUAGUACUGGAAACAGAACUGUAGGAAGGAGCGCAAGACAGUUCCUUUUUCCUACUAUUGUAUUCUAAGAAUGUUUG